AUGUCUUCGUAUGUCCUCCGUCUAGUCCUCUUGGCCUUCACAGCUGUCGUCACGGCCAGCCCUCUCGAGCCUUCGCCGACUUCAACCCAGUCCGAGUGCACAACUACCUUCACCUCAUACGACCCAGGAUUCACCGGCGACUACCACCCAACUACUACCGUCACUCUCUACAACGAGACUGUUAACGUCCCUCACCCACUUCCGGGCCCCCAAAGUUUCAUACUCCUACAUUUCUACUCAAUAACUCCAGCUCUUUUUUUUAUAUGUAUUAUGAUGCUACGACAAUGCAACUUUCGCUAUCACUAG